UACUUAGUAUAUCACUUUUUUUGUUCAAUUACGUAAAUCACGUGUGUGGUUAUGUGUUGUGGAAAUAGUGGCUGCGUGUUCGUCCAUUCUUUUUGCAACUUUUUCUAGUUAUUUAGCUGUCAUUCGCCACGUGGCUGUCCAUUUCUCCACACUCCGCAUUCCAGUAGCCACAUUUUGAGAGUCACUGGUCGACGCCUGGGACGCAAACUAGCUUUGACGACGCCCUAUUAACGUUACGACCAACACAGCGUACACUUGUCUGCAAGCACGCAGUUAUGUAGUCAAAAACCGAAUCCCUCUAGCCGUAAAAAAACAACAUGACAAUUAAACCCUUCCCAGUCGGAUUAUGAAUCCGCAAUGGACCACCGACGAAAAUCUCUGGCUUCCAGCAAACGCAGUAUUACUCUGGGCGAAAACGACGAAAAUUCCAAGCAAUACGUUUUUAGGAUGUUUUAAUUCGGAUGGAUUUUUUCAAAUACGCGCCGAACAAUAACUCGUACACUUCCAAUUAGAUGAUGGACAAAUGCAUGUCACUAGAGUUAGAUAUUGGAUCUUGGCAAUAUUGUUGUUUUUGUAUUUGGCGGGCGUUUUGAUCCUGUCGGCGGUUACUUUGCACGAACCGAGGAACUCGGGAAAUGGAAAGCAGUCAGACCGUGUUCAACAAUACUCCCGGAUAAAAAACUACGAAUAUGGGAUUCCCGGAUUGCGGCCGCCAUUACGUCGUUCCAAGAUACAAUGGUGUUCAGAGCUUAAAUACAUGGACCCUCCUAAACCUCCAGUGGCUUUAGUUUCCUUCCCAGGAAGCGGAAACACGUGGCUUAGAUACUUGUUACAGCAAGCAACUGGUUAUUUUACUGGUUCUAUAUACAAAGACUACGGACUGUUAAAAAACGGCUUUCCCGCCGAAUAUGUCAGCAACGGUUCAGUGCUCGUGGUGAAAACGCACGAGUGGGGUCAAGAUGCGCGUAAAAUUUUUUCUAAGGCCGUUUUGUUGGUGAGGGCCCCGGGGGCCGCUAUUCAAGCCGAAUUUAAUAGACAGAGCGGGGGACACAUCGGGUUCGCGUCGCCCGAUCGAUACAAGAGGACCAAGGGGAAAUACUGGCAACAGUUCGUCACCGACAAACUCGAAUCCUGGAAACAAACCAACCUCGAUUGGCUGUACAACUUCACAGGACCAACACACGUCAUCUUUUACGAGCAGCUCGUCGACAACCUCGAGCACACCCUGAAAUCCAUAAUUGAAUUUCUCGACAUAUCAGUCGACGCAUCUCUCUUCAGAUGCGCCAUCGAGCGCAAAGAAGGGAUUUAUCGUCGCAAAAGGCGAGUGCUCAACUUCGACCCGUACACUGAAGACAUGAAAAAGAAGCUGGAGGACGUACAGCAAAAAGUGUACGAAGCCAUCUACAAUUUCGCCACGCCUAGCAAAAGAUGAUGACGGCGACUCGGUCGAAACGUCGCGACAAUAAAAACGGACUGAUCGACGCGUGGCCUAAGAUGCGGCCAAAUUUUUAUUUCGACAACGUUGCUAGCGAAUUGUUGGUAAUUUUAGAACUAGGAGACCAAAGAUUUGUAGUAGCGGUAAUUUUAUUCCUAUUUUAUGUAUAAGUAAAUCGAAACAGUGGCAAUCAAGGAGGCUAGGCCUAAAGCGAAAUAAAGUUGAGCUUGUUUGUGUUUUUCUAAA